AUGUAUGGUAAUUUCUCGGCUGGAUCACAUGACACAAUUACCUCAAGAAUCGAUCAAGAUGUAUAGCGAGCCUGCGUGCGAUUUUUCCUCCCCUUUGCGCGCGUCUUGGCUGCGCCAGAUGGCCCAAGUUUAACACCGUGGAGCCGCCAAAGCCUCUCCUGCUCCUGCGCGGCAGCAAGGAGGAACCGGGCAGACAUGACGGACUACGACGAGCGCGCGUCCAAUAUGUACCUGCCCAGCUGCACCUAUUACGUCUCCACGCCUGAUUUCACCUCCGUCUCCUCCUUUUUGCCGCAAAGCACCUCCUGCCAGGUGAAUUUCCCCUACUCGGCCAACAUCGGACAACCUGUGCGGGAGGUCUCCUUCAGGGACUACGGACUGGAGCACCCCAGCAAAUGGCACUACCGGGGUAACUACGCCUCCUACUACGCCUCCGAGGAGAUCAUGCACAGGGAUCUGAUCCAGUCUUCCUUCAAAAACGAGCCCCUGUACGGCGCCCCCCACGCGGGCACCGGCUCGCCGUGCAACUUCUUCACCGGCGUCGGCCGCAACGGCGUCCUGCCGCAGGGCUUCGACCAGUUCUUCGACGGUUCCAACCCGGACAAAGGCGGCGCGGAGCAGCCCGGACAAAAGAGCGACGGCGACGCCAAAGUGGAGGAGCACGGCGGCGACGCGGCGGCCAGCGUGGACGAGGACUCGUCCUCCAACUGUGGCGACAAGAGCAGCCAGCAGACCUUGUCCACCAAGUCAAGAAAGAAGAGGUGUCCGUACUCCAAGUACCAGAUCCGAGAACUUGAACGAGAGUUUUUCUUCAACGUCUACAUCAACAAGGAGAAACGCCUGCAGCUCUCCAGGAUGCUCAACCUGUCGGACCGCCAGGUGAAGAUUUGGUUCCAGAACAGAAGAAUGAAGGAGAAGAAGCUCAACCGCGACCGCUUACAGUAUUUUACCGGCAAUCCUCUAUUCUGA